UGUGGAGCUGGAGAAGAACGGGGUUCCGGGGCUAUUCACGCCAGAGGCGUUCGAUAUUGCGUAUACGCAGUAUCAGCGGCACAUCCUCAAAGAGUUGAAUGCUUCGACGGCUGGUACGCUCAAUUGCCCACCAUUGCACUCGCGACACCCAGGUUAUUGUAAAAGACGGACGUAGGCUGAUAGAGGCUUCUAGGCUCGCCCUGGCAGGACCGUGAGACACAAGCCCUCGUCAUCGAAUUCGCACGCGACCCCAUGAGAGCCUACCUCUUCAACCUCGCGUCCAUGGCCUUCAACAACCACUUCUUCUUCAAAGGCAUCAACAGCGACCCCAACGUCACCUCCUCCCCAUCUUCCGACCUCGUCGCCGAAAUCAAUAGACACUUCACCUCUCUCUCGACGCUGCGCGCAACCUUCCUCGCGACCGCAGAGGCAAUGUUCGGCCCGGGCUUUGUGUGGCUGGUGCAGCUGGAUGAUACCAACGCGCGCCCGUUCAGGAUUUUGACGACGUAUCUUGCCGGCAGCCCGCUGAGCGCCGCUCAUUACAGACAACAGAGCCAGGAUCUGAAUACGCACAACCCGGAUUCCUAUCCGGCUGUGAAUCCGGUCGGCGCGUUCGGCGCAGCUGCGAAACAGCCACCGAAGCCCGCCAAGCCGUUGGGAGGCAUAGACGUCAUCCCACUGCUGUGCGUCAACACAUGGGAGCACGCAUGGCUGCACGACUACGGCGUGGGGGGGAAGCGGCGGUAUCUGGCGGCGUGGUGGGACAAGAUUAAUUGGGAUCUGGUCCGGGAUGGAGCUAAACUAUCGCCGAGGUCGCAGAGAGGUGAAUUCCGUUAUUGAUGAUGAGAAUGGCGUGUAUAUUGCUCUGUAGAAAUAAAUGUACAAAAGAGGAUGAAUAAGAUGACGUUCGCACAUAGACGUUGGUACGUUUAGGCACUUUAGCGCCUGGGCUACCUAGGUGCUUGUGACGCAGAGGACGUGGUGGGACUUGUUC